AUGCGGGAUCUCCCUAAGCUCCCAUCCCCGGGCUCCACAGGGAUGCGGGAUCUUCCCAGGCUUUCCUCGGCUUCCAGAGGGAUGCAGGCUGUUCCUAAGCUCCUCUCCUCACGCUCCAGAGGGAUUCAGGCUCUUCCCAAGCAGCUCUCCCCACCUUCCAGAAGGAUGCGGGAUCUCCCUAAGCUCCCAUCCCCGGGCUCCAGAGGGAUGCGGGGUCUUCCCAAGCAGCACCUUCCAGAAGGAUGCUGGUUCUUCCCAGGCUCUCCUCAGCCUCCAGAGGGAUGCUGGUCCUCCCUAAGCUCCUCUCCCCAUCUUCCAGAGGGAUGUAGGCUGUUUCCAAGCUCUCCCCACCUUCCAGAGGGAUGCUGGCUCUUCCCAAGCUCUCUCCAGCCUCCAGAAGGAUUCAGGCUGUUUCCAAGCUCCUCUCCCCGGCUGCCAGAGGGAUGCUGGCUCUUCCCAAGCUCUCCCCACCUUCCAGAGGGAUUCAGGCUCUUCCCAAGCUCUCCCCACCUUCCAGAGGGAUUCAGGCUCUUCCCAAGCUCUCCCCACCUUCCAGAGGGAUUCAGGCUCUUCCCAAGCACUCCCCACCUUCCAGAGGGAUUCGGGCUCUUCCCAAGCUCCUCUCCCUGGCUGCCAGAGGGAUUCAGGCUCUUUCCAAGCUUUCCCCACCUUCCAGAGCGAUUCAGGCUCUUCCCAAGCUCUCCCCACCUUCCAGAGGGAUGCAGGCUGUUUCCAAGCUCCUCUCCCCACCUUCCAGGGGGAUUCGGGCUCUCUCCAGCCCCAGGCGCGGCUCGCUGUCCCCCUGCUGUCCCCGCUGUCCCCCUGCUGUCCCCGCUGUCCCCCUGCUGUCGCACGGGCUGUGCAGGCUCAGCCUUUCUCCGAGAUGCCUGGCUCAGGGGUGGGGGAGGGAAUGCUGCUGGAAGGGGAGGGGAAAGGGAAGAGGGAUGGGUGAGGGGCUCGGCAGCCUGGGAAUCAUCUGAUUUUUGGCAGAUUUUUUGCGUGAAUCAUUUCGGCAGCCCGCUCCGGGAAUUGUGUGAGCGAGGAUGGGAGCGCUGCAGGGCUGGGGAUGCUGCCCUGGGACACCAGGGUGGGCUGCAGAGGGGCUGCUGCACUCAAUCACGUCUCUCACUAAUUAAAAAAACAUCUCGUUUCUCCCAGGCAGUUCUCCUAACCGAGCUGAGCACGUUUCUCCCCGCGAGGAAAGGGAGAGCAUCGUGUUUUCAUCGUGCAGAAUUGUGUCAGCAGAGACAGCCCCAGCACAGGGGCAGAACACUCCCAGAUUUUCAUUUAUGGAAAGAUUCUCGCUGUGCUCUGCCCUAG